CUCGCGAUCUCUCAACGAUGUGUGUCGGGGCAGCGCUUUCGGCCGCCGCCACCGUGGUUGCGGGAAGCGAGAGCGGGAACGAGAGAGAGGAGGAGAAGCCGUGCGGACCAAUGGCGCGCGCGGCUUUCGCCGGUCGCGUGAACACCACCCCCUUCGGAUAAAAGCACGGGUGCGCGCGAGAGCGCCCGUAGUCUGAUCUCGCUUGCUCGUCUACUCGCAUCGCUAUGCCUCCCCAGCCGAGCGGUAAGGCCGUGAAGAAGGCCGGCAAGGCGCAGAAGAAUGUGCGCGCCACCGACAAGAAGAAGAAGAAGCGCCGCAGGAAGGAGAGCUUCUCCAUCUACAUCUACAAGGUGCUGAAGCAGGUGCACCCCGACACUGGAGUCUCCAGCAAGGCCAUGUCCAUCAUGAACAGCUUCGUGAACGACAUCUUCGAGCGCAUCGCCGCCGAGUCGUCCCGUCUGGCUCACUACAACAAGCGCUCGACCAUCACGAGCCGGGAGAUCCAGACUGCCGUGCGUCUGCUGCUGCCGGGCGAGCUGGCCAAGCACGCCGUGUCCGAGGGCACCAAAGCCGUCACCAAGUACACCAGCUCCAAGUAGGCGACCGAGCGCUCG